AUGAAGUUGUUAGCCAGCGUCGCCCUUCUUGGAUUGGCACUUGCAUCUACGUUCAUGUGGGACCCCAGGCCCCAAAUCUCAGAGGAAUGGUUUGAAACCGAUCGGGAAUAUCGCUACCUUUUCGAUGGUCAAGUCACCACUGGAAUGGAUCUGCCGAACACUCAGCAAUCUGCCACAAGACUCCAAGCUAUGGUCUCGAUUCAGCCUGUUGAUGAUCGCACUGUUGUUUUCAAGGUUACACAGAUCCGCUUCGGUUCUAUCAUGGAGGAGUUCGAGGCUCGUCAACUCUUGCCUUUUGAACGCUUCCAAAUGGUCAAACUUAGCGAGCAGGACAAAAAUAUGCUGACUUUACCGAUACGAUUCGCCUACAGAAACGGAUUGGUUAGCGAUAUCGAGUUCUCUGAGGAAGACAAGCCAUGGUCUGCCAACAUCAAGAAAGCUAUUCUCAACAUGCUCCAAAGAGAUGAACUCAAGAAAAACGAACGCGAUGAUAAAAAUCAUGACUACUUCGUCGCUAUUGAGCGCAUACUCGAAGGAGAAUGCGAGGUUGAAUACACCAUCAAUGACAUGCCAACCGAACAGAAGCAGUGGACCAAAUCGAUCAAUUUCCAGAAAUGCAACAUCCGUCCCGAGUAUUUUGUUCUUCAGGUUCAAUACGGCAUCCAUAAUCGUAACACAAAGAAAAGAGAUGAGAAGUUGUACAGCACUGUCAUGAAGCAAAAAGUGUCAGAAAACAAGGACAAAUUCCUGAUCCACGAAGCAGAACUUCGAUCUCAGUACAAACUGGUCCCCAUGUCAGAGAAGCACGAGAUGAUUGCUUCUGUUGUCUACAACAAGAUUACUCUCAUCUAUGCAGGAAAGACGGAGACUCAAAUCCCGAAUGUGCGCCGAGAUCGCAAAGAGAGCUUGAUCUACAAUUCAGAAGCGGAAGUCGCUGAAGAAAAGUUCGCUAUGACCGGAGAUGAAAGAUACCUGCAACACGUUCCUGAGUGGAAUAACAAAAUGGAGCACAUUGAAAAACUUCUCUCCACUAUCAUUCGCAAUUUCGAAGAAAAAAUUGAGCUAGAAACCACUCACCUUUUCGCACGCCUUGUUAAGCUUCUACGUCUAUGCCGUGAAUGGGAACUCACUAAAAUUCAACGCUUCCUAGAAAACCAUGAAAAGGUCAACCACAAAGUUCUUAGCCUCUACUACGAUGCUCUUGCUAUGGCUGGAACCAAGGUGACUAUGACUGAACUUGUGAAAUUGAUCAUUAGCGAGAAGAUCGACAAUCUGAAGGCCGCCCGUCUUAUCAAGUCCUUGGCUGAAAUUCGCAUUCCAUCGGAAAAAAUGGCUGAAGAAGUACUAUUCGUCUGCGAGAGUGAAGUUGCAGAGAAGACUCCCUACCUCAAACAGGCAUGCUGGUUAACCUACGGAGCAAUUUUCAACGGACUCUGCAGAAAUGAUAAGUUAGCUUCCUACCACGUUGACAAUCUAUGCAAACGUGAGCUCAAGGAAAAAGUUGUUGGUAAACUGAUAAGCCUCUUCGAAAAAUCUGAUAACCGCUAUGAGAAGGUGCUCAUGCUGAAGUCUCUUGCUAAUGCUGGAAUCGACAUCUCUGCCUACUCCCUUGAUAAAAUCAUCUACAACAAGGAAGAGGAAAAAACCAUCAGAAUUGAGGCCAUCAAUGCACUUAGGAAAUUAGGAGUUAUUAUGCGACGCAAGGUUCAGAACAUCUUAAUGCCAAUUUUCAAGGACCGCACUGAAUGUGCCGAAAUCCGCAUGGCCGCACUCCGCAGAAUCAUGGAUACCAAACCCGAACAAGUUGUCAUCGAUCAGAUCGUCCAUCAGAUGGAAAACGAACGUGAUCAAGUCCUCCGUUCCUUCAUAUAUGCAGUCCUUAAGUCUGUCUCCGAGUUCCCAGAAAAUGAUGAAAAAACUGUCCUUCCUGUCAAGAAAGCCCUAAGAGCAGUCGACACAGAGUUCUAUGAGAAGCUCAACAACCGCGUAUCUAGAUGGACUGUUAAAGGUGAUGACAUGAAAUACGGCACCACACUCAAUUUGCAAACCCUUUUCACCAAGGACAGCGCUCUACCUAAAGAUUUUCUUGCAUCGUUUGAUACCAUGUUCGGUGGGGAAUGGUACAAGUACUUUGGUGAGCUUGGUUUCUCUCAACAAAACGUUGACGAGGUCAUGAGCAAGUUCCUCCAUAAGUUUGAAGAUGCCAAUAUGGAGCGAUUUGUAGUCCGUGGAAAGCGCUCCGUUACCUCUCGAACAAGUGACUUCUUCAAAGCCAUCUACAAAAAACUCAACUUUGUCCGCCGCCACCACUCCAACAAGGAAGACCCUCACGCGAUGCUUUAUGUUCGUUACAUGGAUAACGAUUAUGCUUUGCUACCAAUCGACGAAGAUUCUAUCCCGAAAUUCUUCAGGGACAUAGUCCGUGACGGAAAGGUUCAGCUUGGUGAUAUUGAACGCACUCUUGCUACUGGAUUCCAGUUCCAGAACACUGCUGGAUUCUUCUUCUACGAAUUUUUGAAGAAAAUUCCAACCAGUCUUGGUCUUCCUCUAGUGCUUACCUACAAAAUGCCUACCGUCGCCACUGUACAAGGUCACAUCAAAGUUGAUUUAGAACCUAAAGGAUCCGCUGACUUUAACGGAAUUCGUGCUCAUAUUCUUUUGAAACCUAAGAUUGCCUCCACUCAUGUAGUAAGAGCUGUGGCCUUCUGUCCAGUCGUUGAGAGUGGAUUCAAAAUGUUACACUCUGUAAACUUCGACCAUCCAGUGGAUGCUGAGGUUAAGGUCACGCUAAAACACCAGCUUCGUUUGAACAUUGUCUUCCAUCCUCAUGAACGCAAAAGAAACGUCAUUCACAUUCAGUCACGACCCGUUAGCUUCAUGCGCCACUUAAAAAAAACCACUCAUGCCUACCCUGAGCCAAGUGAAGUCACGGUCCAUCUCCGUAAACAACUUUACCCGGUCGAGAACUUCGAAUACAACUUCUUUAGAAAAACUGGAGGCUUGUUGAACCCUCUCUUAGUUGGAUACAAUACACUUGAUGUCUUCAUGGAGCCCACUCAGGACGUGGCCAAGGAAUACGUUCUCAGCAUGGAAAUGGAAACCUUUGUUCCAGAAAUAAUUGAGAAACCAACACUAGAGAAAUUUUUCAAGAACAAUAACGAAUUCUUCGAAAGCCAUGUCUCCACUUACCUAAGGAACUUUGACAACGAGAAGGGUUACAAACAUCGUCUAUUCUUCAAGUUUGAAACCAUGGAGAUGGAACUGAAGGCUAUCUGCGACAACAAGUACCGCUUCUGUCGCACUCGACUUCUGAAUCGUAGGUGGGAAAUGAACGUUGAAAUCCAAACCGUCUACCCCAAAACACCAAAAAGCCUCAGUGAGCUAAAGGAACAGGUCAACCGCGAGUUCUAUGGACUUAUGGACGCCUCCUGGGGAAGCCACAGAAAGAACAAUGUCUUCAUCCGCAUGCAGGGUGAGCAAAGUCGCGAACAGAAGGUUUGGAUGAAAAAUCUCAACCGAGCUUUUGAAAACAGGCUUACCGAAAUGGAGAAGCUGAAGCUCGCCUCCAAUCUCAACCUCUACAAGUGGAUUAUCAAGUACGAACUAACUCCAGAAACCGAAUACCACCUGUCAAAUCUUUUCUCUCUUCUUAAGAACUUGCAAAAGUGGGACACAGAAUAUGAGAUGGUCAACAAUCAGGAAGGACUUUUACGCGCUCAGCUUAACAUUGAACCCGUAAAUCGUCGCACGUUCGAUCUCUUCCUCAACACUCCUCGAAAUCGUAUCGUCAUAAAGAAGGGCGCACUUCCUAUGAAGCUACCGACUAUCAACAUCCAUAACUCUAAUGCAAUCGAAUUCGCUGGGGUUAAGGACGUAAUCAGUCAUGUUGUCAAACAAAAUCGCGCUGAAUGCGUCAUCAAAUCGGAGAACGUCAACACCUUUGACAACCUCCCCUUCAAAACAUCUUUCACUACUUGCUACACCGUACUCGCCAAGGACUGUAGCAACGAAGAACCGAAAUUCGUCGUUCUCAUGAAAAAGCUUCAGAAAAGUCGCAACGAUAAAAAAUUGAAGCUCAUCAACCGCGAAAAUAUCUAUGAGAUUGAGAUGCUAGGCAAUGAACUAGUCUGCAAGGUGAACGGUCGCAAGGUUACCCAUAACCAGAUGGAGCAAUACGGCUUGAAUAAGAUUCAUGAAAAUCUCUACGAGAUUGGCAUUGGUGAUGUCAGUGUUACCUUCGACGGAUUCCAGGCCAACAUCAAGCUCUCGCCAUUGUACAAGAACAAACAGUGUGGACUUUGCGGACAUUACGAUGGAGAGGUGAGACUUUUGAAAAUCUCGAUUCGAAGGCAAAAUAUAAACGCACUGUACAUAUAUCCGACCGCUCGUACUCGUGUCGUAGAACGCGAGAACCGUGUAUGUUUCUCUGCCGAACCUGUGCCCGACUGCCCGAAAUACACCAGGAAGAGCGAAAUGACAGAACAGGAGGUCGAUUUCGUUUGCGUUCGCUCCUCAAAGCAAGAAACCAGACGCCUACUUCGUAAGGCUCGCGAGGAGGUCAUUCCGCGCGCUCUUCUUGAAGGCCAGAACUGGAGCACCACUGUGCCAAUUCCCAAGAGCUGCGUUGUUUAUUGA